ACAGUCGCCUCCGAGUCAUGCUCCCUUGUCAUCCCAGCUUCCAGUCUUAUCAGGCAUAUAGCAGGGAGGCUACUCUAGCCAUAACUAAGCUCUACCUCCAGUCUCCAGAAAGGAAUCCCCAAUCUUCAUAUCCUAGGCAACCUGAGGAAUGAAAGAGGAAGCUAUAAAAUCCCCUUUGAAAGCUUUCAUGAAACAGAGAAGGAUGGGCCUGAAUGACUUUAUUCAGAAGAUUGCCAAUAACUCCUAUGCAUGCAAACAUCCUGAAGUUCAGUCCAUUUUGAAAAUCUCCCCACCUCAGGAGCCUGAGCUUAUGAAUGCCAACCCUUCUCCUCCACCAAGUCCGUCUCAGCAAAUCAACCUGGGCCCAUCAUCCAAUCCUCAUGCUAAACCGUCUGACUUUCACUUCUUGAAAGUAAUUGGAAAAGGCAGUUUUGGAAAGGUUCUCCUGGCAAGACACAAAGCAGAAGAAGUAUUCUAUGCAGUUAAAGUUUUACAAAAGAAGGCAAUCCUGAAAAAGAAGGAGGAAAAGCAUAUUAUGUCGGAGCGGAAUGUUCUCCUGAAGAACGUGAAACACCCUUUUCUGGUGGGCCUUCACUUCUCCUUCCAGACGGCCGACAAACUGUACUUCGUCCUGGACUACAUUAACGGUGGAGAGUUGUUCUACCAUCUCCAGAGGGAGCGAUGCUUCCUGGAACCUCGGGCUCGAUUCUAUGCUGCUGAAAUAGCCAGUGCCUUGGGUUACCUGCACUCUCUGAACAUCGUUUAUAGAGACUUAAAACCAGAGAAUAUUUUGCUAGAUUCACAAGGACACAUUGUCCUUACUGACUUUGGACUCUGCAAGGAGAACAUUGAACACAAUGGCACGACUUCCACCUUCUGCGGCACGCCCGAGUAUCUGGCGCCUGAGGUGCUUCAUAAGCAGCCCUAUGAUAGAACGGUGGACUGGUGGUGCCUGGGGGCCGUCUUAUACGAGAUGCUGUAUGGCCUGCCUCCCUUUUAUAGCCGAAACACAGCUGAGAUGUACGACAACAUUCUGAACAAGCCCCUCCAGUUGAAGCCAAAUAUUACAAACUCUGCAAGACACGUCCUAGAAGGGCUCCUGCAGAAGGACAGGACAAAGAGGCUGGGUGCCAAGGAUGACUUUAUGGAGAUUAAGAAUCAUGUCUUCUUCUCCCUAAUUAACUGGGAAGAUCUCAUUAAUAAGAAGAUUACUCCCCCUUUCAACCCAAAUGUGAGCGGACCCAGCGACCUGCGGCAUUUUGAUCCUGAGUUCACCGAGGAGCCGGUCCCCAACUCCAUCGGCCGGUCCCCGGACAGCCUCCUCCUCACGGCCAGCGUCAAGGAAGCGGCUGAGGCCUUUCUGGGCUUUUCCUAUGCACCUCCCACGGACUCUUUCCUCUGAACGGUCUUAGGGUUGGCUGCAAAGGAUUUUCUUAGUUAACCUUUUGGCAGAGCUGCCAGCUGACAGGACAUCUUAAAAGAGAAUUUGCACAUCCCUGGAAGCUUGCACAUCUUGGCAGUCUUAUUGCACACUGUUUGCUGGAAGCUUUUCGAAGAGCACAUCCUCCUCAGUGAGCUUGUGAGAGUCUCCUCUUUAUUCUUCCUUCCAUUGUGGUGCUAUCUCUGAAAUGAGCAGUAGAGGGCCGCCCGAGACAGAUGCAGUGGUCUCACUGGCUGUUCUGAGAAGGAGCUUCUGGAGGUCUGUCUGGGCCACGAUAACGAAUCUUAUGAAAUGUGCCUUUUCUGAUGAGAUCGUGUUAGCUCCAAAGCUUUUUCUGUUGCCGAGUGUUUUCGUUCUCUGUUUCUCCUUGUGGACUCCUGUGUGAUCCGCCGUAUGAGUGUGGUAUGCUUGCUCACAGAAGGACUCAGUUAUAAGCAUCAAUGUGACACUUGCAGAACACUACAACGUGGGACAUUGUUUGUUUCUUCCAUAUUUGGAAGAUAAAUUUAUGUGUAGACUGUUUUUUUUUUUUGUAAGAUAUACUUAAUAACUAAAAUUUAUUGAAAAUGGUCUUGCAAUGACUUGUAUCCAGAUGCUUAAAGAAAGCAUUGCUGCUACAAAUAUUUCUAUUUUUAGAAAGGGUUUUUAUGGACCAAUGCCCCAGUUGUCAGUCAGAGCCUGGUGUUUUCAUUGUUUAAAAUGUCACCUAUAAAAUGGGCAUUAUUUAUGUUGUGUUUUUUUUUUUGCAUUCCUGAUAAUUGUAUGUAUUGUAUAAAGAAAGUCUGUACAUUGGGUUAUAACACUAGUAUAUUUAAACUUACAGGCUUAUUUGUAAUGUAAACCACCAUUUUAAUGUACUGUAAUUAACAUGGUUAUAAUAUGUACAAUUCUUCUCUCCCUACCACACACCUUUUUGUGUGUGAUAAACCAACUUUGGUUUGCAAUAAAACCUUGAAAAAUA